AAUGAAAGCAAAUUAUUUUUGGUUGGCCUCAUUAAAGAAGUUGAAAGUCUGGUGAAUUCGAUUUUUUUAUUUAGGAGGAAAAAUAUAUAAAAAUAAUCUAGUUCUCACUAUAAACUCUCCGUCUUUUGAACGUUAAUAAUGAAUAAGAAAGAUACUGAUAAAAAGACGAAACUUAUUCAAGAGAAAUGUAAUACGAUUUUAACUCAGUUACUCCGAGAUGAAGAUAACAAAUACUGCUGCGAUUGCGACAGCAAAGGACCUCGUUGGGCCAGCUGGAACUUGGGGAUUUUCCUUUGCAUACGAUGUGCUGGAAUUCACAGAAACUUAGGCGUUCAUAUAAGUCGCGUCAAGUCAGUCAACUUAGAUACUUGGGCACCGGAACAAGUUGUGUCUCUGCAGCAAAUGGGUAACUCGAGAGCGCGUGCUGUCUAUGAAGCAUUGUUAUCUGAUAACUUCCGUCGUCCUCAAACGGAUUCAGGACUGGAAAGUUUUAUUCGGGCAAAGUAUGAGCAUAAGAAAUACAUUGCAAGAGAGUGGAUUCCACCACCACCUAUAACGAAAGUUGAUUGGGAUAAAGAUAUAGAAGAGGAACUGGAAAAUCAAAGACGCAAAAAGAAAACCACAUGCUCAGCAUCUUCAUUAAGUCUAGAGACUUCAAAACCCAUGGUGUGCAAUUUAAAUGUUCAAAUUCCUGCUCCACUACGAAAACCUCAUCCGGUUAAGAAUGCAAGAUCAGAAACGAAAAAGGUUUCAGACAGUAUGGACUUGUUAGGACUUGACAUAACUUCUUCCACGACAGAUGCUAAUAAAUCAAAACAAGAAGGUGAGAAUGUGGAAUUAAAAGAUGACCAGACUUUUGACUUCUUCAUGAAUACAAAAUCAACACCUAAAUCAAAUAACAUUAAAGAAGAUGUUUCAGAUAAUAUGAUUUUUCAAUCGAAUGAAUCAUCUUUGAAAACGGAAGAAGAAGAUUUCUUUAAUCAGAAAACUUUAGAAAAUGGGCAUGCGGAGAAAGAAAAGUUGACAAAGGACAGAAUUAUGGCAUUGUAUGGAAACGGUGUCAAUUUAGUAUCACAACAUGCUCAACCAUUUCAAACAAACUUCCAACAACUUAAAAAUCCUACAAAUGAUCAGUUCUUUGCAUAUCCACAACAGCAACCUUCCGCUCCAUUUUACAAUCAUGCUGUCCAACAAAAUCCAAUGUUUCCCCAAGGACAACCAAAUAUGUUUAAUAAUAACUCUAAUUUAGCUCAUUUUCCCAAUUUCGGUUUUCUACAAGCGCAACAAAGUAAACUUAACGAAGAAAACAUUAAAAAAAUUGAAAGUUUGAAUAUCAAUCAUUUUGAUAAGUAAACAUAAAAUGACGAAAAACAUAUGAGAAAAAGAGAAAAGUUAUUAAGAAAAUCUUUAUUAUCUUUAUGGAAAUGUAAUCAAGAAAUAAUUUCCAAUUAAAAACAAAAUUUAUAUUCUUUCAUUCCCAAGAAUUUCUUCAAGAAGUUGUUAGCUAUUUGUUCUAUUAAAAAACAGGAAUUUUAUCUAAAUAAACUAAAGUAAUUAUAAUCUUCAUCCAGAUUUCUUCAAAACAAAUCAUUAUUAGGUUAGUUAGCUAUGUUAAUGUAUUAAUUUUUAAAGAAACAUCCCACAAACGUUACGUAUGAAGUUCCAUAAACCAACAACUGUCUUGACUAUUUGAAGCAAGUUUGGAUUUUACGAGCACGUCAGAUUUGAGAUGAUCGUUUUGAGAACAUCAAUCAUGUACUUACAAAACGCUAAAAAGAAAAAUAAACAUUGUUUUUCGGAUGUAUGGAUUAUA